AUGGGCGGAGGGAUCGACGCUGGGCACGGCUUCCCAUAUGGGUUGCCCUUCGAGGGUUCGCUGAACGACGGACCGGGGUUCUCCGGUCCCGAUGCGCCGGCGGAGUCGGACCUGUACCGGUGCGUGCACUGUGGCCUGUGUCUCAGCGCGUGUCCCACCUAUGUGGAAACCCGGCUGGAAGCGGAAUCCCCCCGUGGCCGCAUCGCGCUGAUGAAAGCGGUUCACGAAGGGCGCACCGGAAUCAGCGAACGGCUGGUGUCGCACUGGGAACUGUGCCUCCAGUGCCGGGCGUGCGAGGCGGUGUGUCCGUCGGGCGUGCCCUACGGGAGGCUGAUGGAACACACCCGGGCGCAGGUGCAGGACAACAACCUGCAGAGUCCGGAGUUGGGCCGUCUGUCGCGGUUGUUCCUGCGGGCGGCGCUGCCCCACAACAAGAGGUUGCGCCUGGCCGGACAUCUGAUGCGAUUCUACCAACGGUCCGGCGUACAGCGAUUGGUGCGAAAGUCCCGGGUGCUCAGCAUAUUGCCGGGUGAUCUGGCCGCCAUGGAAGCGCAGAUGCCGGUGAUGGGGACGCAGUUUUUCGGCACGCGCAGCCAGGUUUUUCCGGCGGUGGGGGAGCGGCGAAUGACCGUCGGCCUGCUGGCCGGAUGUGUCAUGCCAAUGAUGCAGGGAGACGCCAUGCGUGCGGCGGUGCGAGUGUUGCAACGGAACGGCUGCGAUGUCGCGGUUCCGCCGGCCCAAGGAUGCUGUGGCGCGCUGAAUCUGCACGCCGGAGACCUGGAACUGGGGCGACGCAUGGCGCGGAGGAACAUUGAUGCAUUCCGCGACGCGGGCGUAGAGACCGUCGUCACGGCGUCCGCGGGUUGCGGGUCAUCGAUGAAAGAGUACGGCGACCUGCUACGCGACGACCCUGACUACGGCGACGCGGCGGAGGAGUUUGCCCGCAACACACGGGAUAUCACCGAGUUCCUGGCGGGACUGCCGCUGGAUCCUCCACGUGCGGAGUUGCCCUGGCGGGUAACUGUGCAGGACCCGUGCCACCUGGCGCACGCCCAACGGAUUACCGAGGCUCCGCGGCAGGUGUUGCGCAGCAUUCCCGGACUGGAAAUUGUGGAGAUGGCGGAGUCGUCGCUGUGCUGCGGGUCCGCCGGGUUCUAUUCGCUGAUACAACGAGACAUGUCACAGCGGCUGCAACGGCGCAAAAUCGGCAACGCGGUGGCGACGGAGGCCGAGGUCAUCGCAUCGGCCAACCCGGGGUGCAUCAGCCAGCUAGAGCAGGGAUUGCGGAACGAAGGGUCCAAAGCGCGGGUAACGCACGUGGUGGAGAUACUGGACGCGGCGUAUCAGGCGGAAGGGUAA